CUGGGCUCAGACAUAGUUUGCGGCGGUAUGGCUAAACGCACCAAGAAGGUCGGAAUCGUGGGUAAAUACGGGACCCGUUAUGGUGCCUCCCUCAGGAAAAUGGUGAAGAAGAUUGAAAUAAGCCAGCACGCCAAGUACACUUGCUCCUUCUGUGGCAAAACAAAGAUGAAAAGACGAGCUGUGGGGAUCUGGCAUUGUGGCUCCUGCAUGAAAACCAUCGCUGGUGGCGCUUGGACCUACAACACCACUUCUGCUGUCACAGUAAAGUCUGCUAUCAGAAGACUGAAGGAAUUGAAAGACCAGUAGAAGCUUCACCAUUUGAAACAUUACUAGCCUAUAAUAAAUGGGUUAAUUUAUGUAACACAAUUACUUUGGCUUGUUGUUAAAUUUAUUAAUUAGAUCUUUCAAUUUGUGUUGCAUUAGUUUUGCUUUCUCAAAGGCCUUGGAAAUUAAAGAGUCCUAAUUUUUAUUGGAAAA